UUAAUGAUGGUUAAUGAUGGUUAAUGAUGGUUAAUGAAUGUUAAUGAUGGUUAAUACAUAUGCCUUCGACUUGCAGACAUUGAGUACUUUGAAAGAAAGCCGCGGCCAGGCUUCGUCUCGAUGGGACAAGACGCAAUCGCUCCAUCGGUGUGUUUACUCGGCUCCGCUGCAGCGGAUGGAGCACUUGGUACUGCAUCGAUGGCCCUCAGAACGUGCAGGAACUGAGGACACCGUUGAGGCAGAACGAGAGAAAGACUCGUAUCCAACAACUGGAAGAGGUCCUUCACGACACCGUGGAAGAGGCUGAAGCCAGGGCUGAAAAGAUUGAAACCUUGGAGUGGAAGUUGGAGUCUGGAAGAACUUCAGACCCUGCUGCAGCCGUCGCAGGAUGCCAUAGACUCUGCAGAUCAGCUGUUAGAACAACACUCGAAUUUGUGGACAGAGGAUGAUAGUAUAUGAUAGUGCUAACAGCCGCGUAAAGCUGUGCAGGCCGUGCAACAAGCAAAGCCUGAGAUUGACUCUGAUGUUGCUGCCCGUCGUCUUGCGAGACUGCUUGACCGAUGCUGAAGCCAUAAUCAAAGAGCAAGAGAUCCAGGAGCAGGCAACAAGAGAAAUCAUUGCCCUUCAAGGAUCUUCAAGGCAAUAUGACACACUUGCAGCAGAGUCAGAGGAGCACAAGGCCCAAUUAGGAGGCAGCCAGGGAACAGAAGCCUCUGACAGAGGCUGCAUGAGGAUGAAAUGCAGAAGCUGAAAAAUUAGUGAAGAAGAAGCAGAACGCAAGCGGCAAGCAAAAGAGCUUAUAGAGAAAUUUCUUGACUACGCUGACAAGGUUGCGGAAGAAGCAGUCCAAAGGAAGCGUGAAGAGCUGGGAAAGGCUCAUGAUGAAGAGAUUAAGAAACUGAAACAAUUGACAGAUGUGGCAGAUGCAGAGCGAAAGGAAUGCAGAACUGCACUAGCAGUUGGCAACAGCUGAAGCUGCGAUGCUAAGGCAGCUGGAAGAUUCCCCGACACAGAGUGAUGAGUGAUAAGAGCUCGCCAGAAAAA